AGACACAAUCGCCUGCUGAUAAACCCUUGAACACACAUCAGAUGACGGCCGAGCUGCCUGUGGGCAGUGACAUCAUGGGACAGAAGCUCUUCCUCUUUCUUAAUGACUCGCUGACACUCGGGCUGCUCAGUUUCGAUCAAGCUUCACGUGAAGAACUGACCCGGAGGAUUCCAGGGUUUUGCUGCAGGUGCUGCUGGACACGUUGAGAUUAGAUCUUCAAGAGAGGUUUGCGCGGCAGCUCAGCUCAAGGAAGUAACAAGCGAAAUGGUACCUUUGAUGUUUAAAGAUGCUUUCUGGUGAUUCCAAAACUGACUCAAGGCCAUGUUGCAACGGCUGUUCAGGAGCGGUGCCCGUUGCUAAGCGUCUGUGUUGCUCCGUGUCUCGCCUGUGCAGGGGUCUGACUUCACGUGCCACGCCGGCUACGACGCCCUGAUCCAGAGGCUGCGCGACGGGAAGCACAUGUGCAAAGACGUGGAGGAGCUCCUAAAGAUGAGGGCACAAGCAGAGGAGAAGUACGGGAAGGAGCUGGUGCUGAUCGCUCGCAAAGCUGGAGGACAAACAGAGAUCAGCACCUUGAGAGCGUCAUUUGAGCAGCUGAAAGCACAAAUCGAGAACAUCGGGAACUUUCACAUCCAGCUCUCUGAUCUCCUGAAAGAGGAGGUGAAAAAGAUUGAGACAUUCAGAGAACGUCAGAAAGAGCAGAGGAAGAAGUUCGAAAGCAUCAUGGACAAAGUUCACAAGAAAAAGAUUUCUCUGUUCAAGAAGUACACAGAGUCUAAAAAGAGCUACGAGCUGAGGUGCAGAGAGGCCGACGAGGCGGAGCAGGGGGCCGAGAAACCCACAGCGUAUAAGAGCACAGACAAGGUGCGACACAGAGCCAGGCAGUGCAGACACACGGCCAACGAAGCAGAGAAGCUGUACAUCAGCAACGUCAUCCAGCUGGAGGAGGUGCGCAAGGACUGGGAGGAGACGCACAGGAGCACGUGUGAGCGGCGGCGUGUGCGUCCCUUCCAGGUGUUCCAGCAGCUGGAGGGCGAUCGCAUCAGCAUGCUCAGGUGUGCUCUGUGGGACCACUGCAAUCACCUUUCCAUGCAGUGCGUCAAAGACGACGAGUUCUAUGAGGAGGUGAGGACGGUCCUGGAGCGGUGUGACAUCGCCACAGACAACAACUGUUUCAUUGAGGCCAAAGGCACAGGGUUGAAGCCUCCAGAGCCUUUAGGCUUUGAGGGCUUUUACCACAGGAGGACGUCCGGGGACAUCAACGGCCGAGCCCUGUUUGCAGGCGAAGACGCCAUGAGGAGAUCAUACAGUUGCUCUGAUGCUCUUCACUCUUUAAACAACUUCGACCAUGUGGAAGUCUCACAGUCAGCGCUGACACCUGUUGGGGAGUUUGCAGAGACGUCAGAUGGAGGAUAUUCAACCCUACCAUGCCUCCAGCAGCCGGCAGCCUCAGCCUCCCUCCCGGCCAAUGAGGACACAUACGUUGUGUUGUAUCAAUACACUGCACAGGAAGAUGAUGAACUGUCUGUGAGCAGAGGGGAAGUCGUCCAGGUGCUGGACCGAGGGGACGAUGGCUGGUGGACAGUGGAGCGGAAUGGGAUAAGUGGGCUGGUGCCAGGAAACUACCUGGGUGACCUUCAGCAAAUCUGAGUAGCAGCGUGUCUCACCUCCGUCCUUGUCGGCCUCAGCCUUUUCUGAUUCUACAUAAAUCAUCUCGUCUGACCGCUUCACCUUAAAACUGAGACGUGAGAAGCUGGUAGAAUGAAUGGACUGCAUCACACUGUAGAUCAAGUCACUUCCUGGUACGUUUACUUUCCCAUAAAACCAUGUUGAUGAAACACAGACAA